UGUCGAUUUGUGCGAGCUGCAGCAGUUGUCACGUGACUCGGACGGCUUUAUCGUUGCUCUCUAUCGUUACUACAUUAUAGAUAACGACAUUGACAAGGCUGCCGAUAGUGAAAUAUUACGCGAUAAUGUUCAACUUCACCGAACAAUUUAGAAUUGAACGGCGGAUGAUCGUCUACAUCUAAAAGAGACUAUCAUGCAAUCUUACUUCAAACUCCUUAUACUACAAUCAUCCGCAACGAAACUCGAAAACUUGGUGAACUCAAGAUCAAGGACUUGGAGUAUCGGGAACCACGGGAAAAUUCAAUCGGCAAAGCUUCAAUUGGAGAUUAAAGUCGAGAUCGUCGCUCGGUGAUCGCAUUUAUCAACAAGCUGGAUUUCCUGCACGGCGCCGAGUCUGUGGUCGAAAGUGUUUACUCACCGGGAUGAUAACCACGUGGUUUUAGGUGUAAUAGGAUCGAGAAACCCUUGAGAUCAUUUGUAUUCUUACACAUUCAAUUGGAUCGAUCGGAUCGAUAACGACACGGUGACGGUCUCGUGAAGUCGGUUGUAACGCGCAGAGAUUGGAUGUCUCUGCAUCUCUCGAUGGUAGAUUUUAACUGUCGCGGCUGAGCGAAAUUUGACAGUCGUACAAAAUGGCUCUGACGCGUCGUUGGUUCUGGCUCCUGUUGCUACCAGCUUUGACGUGCGUCCAGGGGGCCCUUAGGUCGUGGCCGCAGGAUUUGAAGGUGCACCUCAAUCAGCAGAGCUCGUUCAACUUAUCGCUGACGGAAUCGCUACCCGAUGGCAGAAGCGCGAUAGUCACGAUAGAUGUGCAGCAUCCCGAUCUGCUGUCCGCGAGCCCGUCUAACUUUUCUAUCGCGGCGGGAGACUCGCAAGGAGACUGGGUUAUUAGUGUUAAAGGCCUGGGCGCAGGUCACUCGACCGUUAGCGCUAAUGUAACACCUAGCGAUAUCACGGAUUUCUCUCAAGCGUUUGUUAGAGUGACAAUAGAGAAAUCGGAUGCGUUGUACCACGUCAGUGCUGUGGUCGGAUGGAUAUAUUUCUUAGCGUGGAGCGUAAGCUUCUAUCCGCAGAUCUAUACUAAUUACAAACGUAAAAGUGUCGUGGGCCUCAAUUUCGAUUAUCUGUCGCUAAAUAUCGUCGGUUUUCUUAUGUACUCGCUGUUCAAUUGCUGCCUCUACUGGAUACCCGAGGUUGAGAAUGAGUAUUUCGAUCGAUAUCCGAAAGGCUUGAAUCCCGUGCAAAUCAAUGAUAUAUUUUUCUCGCUGCACGCGGUAUUUGCCACCGCAGUAACUAUCGGGCAGUGCUUUAUUUACGAGACUGGCAAUCAGAGGGUAUCGACGACCGCGCGGAUUAUCCACGGGAUAUUCGCGGUUUUCAUAUUGAUAUCUUUGAUAUUAUCUUGCGUCAAGACAAUCCACUGGCUAGACUUCCUCUACUACUGCAGCUACGUCAAGCUCAGCAUAACGCUCAUUAAAUACGUACCGCAGGCGUAUUACAAUUACAGGAGGAAGUCCACCGUCGGCUGGAGUAUAGGGAAUAUAUUCUUAGAUUGUACCGGUGGCGUUCUGUCGAUGCUGCAGAUGAUACUCAACGCUUACAAUUACGACGAUUGGGAGAGCAUUUUCGGAGAUCCGACUAAAUUCGGCCUUGGAUUCUUUUCCGUGGCGUUCGAUGUAUUUUUCAUAAUACAGCACUAUGUCCUGUACAGAAUGAUUGCUUCGCUCAUGAGACUCGGCGGCCCCGCGACUGGUCUGCGCAGAAAUAUUAAUUGCUGGACGGCGGCGAUCACGCGGAAGCACCGCCUGGUGUACGAACGUACGUAUCCCACGACCCUCGUUUUCUCCGACGGCAGCAGCAUCGAGAUCCAGUAUCACGAGCCGCGCAAGAUAAUAGCCCUGCCGCUCAACCUCGCGGAGCUCACGGAGGCGGAGCAGAAGAAGAGACUCGAGAUGCGCAAGCCGAAGACGAGAAUAGUUAUAGCCGAGGAGAUUGAGGACAGCUUCGACGAGAAUAGAUAUCUCAAUUUUAACAAGUAACUGCGCCCCAGCAUUUCUUAAAUUUGUAUUGUGUGUAUAUAUAGAUAUAUAUAUAUGUUAUUUGCGUGAAAAGAUAUGUAUAUUGAUACGCGUAAAGGGCCAUCUUGCCUUUCGUGUGUUUCAAUAGGUGUGUAUUAAUUUUUCUUUAUGAUAUAAGAAGCGAUGUAAAUACGAGACGUGGUAGGAAAUAGAUCUAGUUAUCUCUGUAAUUACUCAACAAUACUGUGAGUCGUACUUACUGAAAUUACCACGUAUGAAUACUGCGUACUGAUGAAAGAACUGUUCUGUGUGAACACGCGCGGAUUAAUUUCCGGUCUUCAACACAAAGAAAUACAUUUCUACAUAAAGUGCAGAGAUAA